AAAUCUCCAUGAGUUCUACACCUCUGGCUUUUUCUCAGGGUUGAUUAAUUCUAACAAGGCAGAGACAUGGAUAAAAGCAAUGAGUCUCCAAAUACAGAUUUCAUCCUCUUGGGCCUCUUCUCUGGUAUGAAACAUGUCAACUUCCUUGUUUCUGCCAUCCUCCUGAUCUACACUGUGGCUCUCACCACAAACUCCAUCCUUAUUCUCCUGAUCUGGGUGGAUUCUCACCUCCACACACCCAUGUUCUUCCUGCUCAGCCAACUGGCUCUCAUGGACAUGACGUUAAUCUCUAGCACAGUGCCCAAGAUGGCAACUGACUUCUUCUCUGGGAGGAGAAACAUAUCACAAGUGGUCUGUGGGACUCAGAUCUUCUUCUUCCUGACUCUAGGAAUUGUUGAGUGCAUCCUCAUCACCCUCAUGUCCUAUGACCAGUAUGUGGCCAUGUGCAACCCUCUGAGAUAUGCCCUCAUCAUGAGCCAGAAGGUCUGUCUGCAGAUGGCUGCCAUCUCCUGGGUUGGGGGCACCCUUACAUCACUCGCACACAUGGCCUACACCAUGCAUUUCCCCUUCUGUGGUUCCAGAGAGAUUUCCCAUUUCCUCUGUGAGGUCAUGGCCAUUCUAAAAUUGGCCUAUGAAGACGUCUCUGCCUAUGAGAAGGCUGUGGUGACAACAACCAUCAUGGUGCUCUUCAGCCCCUUGUCCUUCAUCCUGUCCUCUUAUGCUCUCAUCUUCCUUGCUGUCCUCCGCAUGAACUCCCCUGAGGGUAGGAACUAAGCCCUGGCCACCUGUUCCUCCCACCUGACUGUGGUGAUUCUCUACUUUGGUCCAGCCAUGCUGGUCUACAUGAGACCUAGUUCUUACCACAGUCCCAAGCUGGACCAGGUUCUUUUUAUGCUUGGUGCCAUCCUCACUCCUAUGAUGAAUCCCCUCAUAUACAGUCUGAGGAACAAGGAGGUGGUGUGUGCUUUGAAAAAGGUGUUGGGAUGCUGCCUAACCUCAAAUUAG